GCCCCCUCGCCCGCGGCCCCCUCCCAGCCUCUCUCCGCCGCUUCUGUCGCUCCCGGGUCAGAGGGCCGGAGCGAGAAGAUGGCGAAGACGUACGAUUAUCUGUUCAAGUUGCUGCUGAUCGGCGACUCGGGGGUGGGCAAGACUUGCCUCCUAUUCCGCUUCUCCGAGGACGCCUUCAACACCACCUUCAUCUCUACCAUCGGAAUUGAUUUUAAAAUCAGAACGAUAGAACUAGAUGGCAAGAAAAUUAAGCUUCAGAUAUGGGACACAGCAGGUCAGGAAAGAUUUCGAACCAUCACAACGGCAUACUAUAGAGGAGCCAUGGGAAUUAUGCUGGUCUAUGACAUCACAAAUGAAAAGUCCUUUGACAAUAUUAAAAAUUGGAUAAGGAACAUUGAAGAGCAUGCCUCUUCAGAUGUUGAAAGAAUGAUCCUGGGUAACAAAUGUGAUAUGAAUGACAAAAGACAAGUGUCAAAAGAAAGAGGAGAGAAGUUAGCAAUUGACUAUGGGAUUAAAUUCUUGGAGACAAGUGCAAAAUCCAGUACAAACGUAGAAGAGGCAUUUUUUACACUUGCACGAGAUAUAAUGACAAAACUCAACAGAAAAAUGAAUGACAGCAAUUCAUCAGGGUCAGGUGGACCAGUGAAAAUAACAGAGAACCGAUCAAAGAAGACCAGUUUCUUCCGUUGUUCACUACUUUGAUGAACUCUUUCUGAGAGACUGCCACAUACCUAAAGGACCCUUUCCUGCUUCUCUGAAAGCACAGUUCAGCCAGCCUCAGAAUCACACCGCCCGGCUGCUGCUGAGAGCACCACUGAACCUAGACUUCUGGACAUAGAAUGCCACAUGGAUUCCAGCCUCAUGGCCUAUCAAGAUAACAGGCUCCUUUUUUCAAACACGGAAGCAAUGAAGUGGAGACAUACGCAGGACCUAACUUGUUUUUCCUUUGGUUUGUCUCAGAAGCUGCUAUCUUUUCUUUUUCACUUUGCACAUCAGUGUUAGCCUGUCCCUGCUACAGCACGGUCUCAGACUCAUAUUUGCACACUUUUGCCUCGUUAUAAGUUCUAGACAAAUUUGUGCACUUGGGAAUGUUUGAAAAAAGUAAAACAUUUAAAGCAGAGGUUAACAUACGAAAAUUACAAGGUGUUUGGUCUGGGUCAUGUGGCCAAAUGUGAUUGCAUUGAUAGAAUUUUUUUAAGGGCUCUAGUUUGUGAUUUCCUUAAAUCAAAAUCCUUAAAUUCUGAUAAAAGUGAUCUUAAAAAUUCAUAAAAAAUGUCCAUCUAUUCAUCAGAGACCACAAUUCCUUUAUUUCUUCAGAUUGUUUAGAGUUUUGUUUCAUUCCUGACCUUUUUGCUGGAGAGUUUGGGUUGCUUUUUUAAGUCACUUUUUCAAUUGAUUGCCUCUCUCUGAUCAAUAGAAGCUACGUUUGGAAAUCACCUUAAUCUAGCAUUUCCUGGUGUUUGUAUUUACCAUUCUUUCCUAUGUUUGACCUAUCGUAACCACUCAGUUAUUGAAAACCUAACAUAUUUGAACAUUGUUGUCUGUUUCUAAUUGUGAUCUUCUUGAGCUGAAAUUUUACACAGGCAGAGAGAUGUACCAGUUAGCUCUUAUUUCAGCAUCUUACUGUGGUUCUGUCACAGCAUCGUAAUACAUGCAAUAUAUUUUUUCUUAAGUUCA